CACACACACACAUACUCUUGCUCGCUCUUUCUCUCUCUCUCUCUCCCUCUCUCUCUCUCCCUUUUCCACUCUCUCUCGUCUCUGUGGUUUGUAAGGUAGGUUGCAGUGUGUGUAUAUACACAAGAUCAAGCGCAGGAAAAUGGACUCAUUAGACAGGCAGGCAGUCAUUACCACUCACACUGUAGUUCCAGGGAGACUCCGAUUAUAAGAAGACAAACUCAGCUCUGGGGGACAAGAAAGAAUAAGAAGCGAUAGAAAGUUCUGCUGCUGCAGCUUCAGACCCUCAGCACCUCGGCAGGCUGCCUGGAGUUACAUUUGGAUAGUGAAAUCUCAGCACCUUAACAAAACAGAGAGAUAAAGCGGCUCGGCAGUCUGCUCUGAUCCUGGUCUUGGGGCUUCAAGAAAAGGCGCUACAUGUGGGGCAUCUAAGGUUCCAGUUGGUCAGCUCUGCUCCUCCUGCUCCGCUACAAGAUUCCCUCAGAUAAAUCAGAGUGCUUAACAAGACAAAUCUCCAUCAGUGACUGCUGGCUGAAACGAGCGGGAUUCUGGGAUAGCGCCCAUGCUCAUGAGACACUUCAGGGGAGUAGGAAUGAGAAGCAGCCGUAGACCCCGCCACUCAGACCUGCCGCACUAAAGAGCCUCCAUGCUGCCUCUCUCCCUUCCAUUCCCAAAUGAUUAUCUGCACUAAACCAGAGACCUGGAGUGAGCUACCCGAGGAGUGACACGGUUCCCUUCCUACUAGGAGCUCUGGCAAUCGUUGCAUUGGGAUCUGAGUCGUGUGCUAGGCUGGAGGCCUGAGUUUGGGAGGUCUGCUCUGUCCUGAGCAAUGCCGAUCGGGUGUGAACUAACACCUAGGAUAACAGGAAGAAACGCAGGACAGCUGAAAACCAGAAGGCGUCUGUGGAGAAUGAGAUUACUCAGCCGAGGGAAGGCAGCGCCAAGCCGGGCCAGCCCUGCCAGAACUUUGUAGCUGUUCUGUUGCGGUGCCCAGCCAUAUCCACUCAACACAUACAGACAUCAAGCAACCAAUCAGCACGUGUGCACACACAAACAGAGUCGUCUGAUUGUGACAUCUGUUGCAAGGGGAUGACAGAGCGCAUUCAUAGUAUCAACCUUCACAACUUCAGCAAUUCUGUGCUCGAGACGCUUAACGAGCAGCGCAACCGUGGCCACUUUUGUGACGUGACGGUGCGAAUCCACGGAAGCAUGCUGCGGGCCCACCGCUGCGUGCUGGCCGCUGGCAGCCCAUUCUUCCAGGACAAACUGCUGCUAGGGUACAGUGACAUCGAAAUCCCAUCAGUGGUGUCUGUCCAUGCAGUGCAGAAGCUCAUUGACUUCAUGUACAGUGGGGUACUACGGGUCUCCCAGUCUGAGGCCCUUCAGAUCCUGACUGCCGCAAGCAUCCUACAGAUAAAAACCGUCAUUGAUGAAUGCACGAGAAUUGUUUCACAAAAUGUAGGUGGGGUGUACCCUCUAAUACAGGACUCUGGCCAAGAGACACCCAGGGGCACUCCAGAAUCGGGUACCUCUGGGCAGAGCAGCGACACAGAAUCUGGCUUCAUGAGGAACCACCGUCAGCACAGUGUAGACAGGAUCUACUCUGCCUUAUAUACAUGUUCCAUGCAAAAUGGCAGUGGGGAACGUUCCUUUUAUAGCGGAGCUCUGGUGAGCCACCACGAGACUGCCUUAGGGCUACCUAGACAGCAUCAUAUGGAGGAACCUAGCUGGAUAACACGCAUACAUCAGCGAUCUCAGCGGAUGGAGAGGUUUCUAACCAAUACACCAGAAACCACCCACUGCCGGAAGCAACCACGUCCUGUACGUAUUCAGACAAUGAUGGGAAAUAUACAAAUAAAACAAGAGGUGGACGAUGACUAUGACUACUAUGGACAACAGAGGUCACAGGCCCUAGAACGCAAUGAGUCUGAAGAGUGCACUGAAGACACCGAUCAAGCCGAAGGCACAGAAAGCGAACCCAAAGGGGAGAGUUUUGACUCUGGAGUAAGUUCAUCGAUCGGCACAGAGCCGGACUCCAUGGAGCAACAGUUCAUGCCUGGCCUCGUAAGAGAUGGGCAGCAAGAUCCUUCCCAAGCAGAGUCAAAUAACUUGUCCACCGAAUGCGUAGAAAACCAGAACCAACAGCACUUAGAUACCAGCUCUUCCUCCCCUGAGAGGAGCAAUACAGUUGACAUGGACAGCACAGUGCUCAGUGUUAGCAAUAGCACCGAAAAGGGGGUCCUACAGACUUCUGUCUCCCAGUCAAUUGCGCAAGCUUUGCCAACCACUCAACUCUACUUACGUCAGACAGAAACACUCACCAGCAACCUGAGAAUGCCACUAACCCUGACCAGUAAUACCCAGGUCAUUGGAACAGCUGGCAAUACCUAUCUUCCGACCCUCUUCACUACGCAGGCAGCGGGGACUGGUCCAAAGCCUUUCCUCUUUAGUCUGCCACAACCUCUGGCUGCUCAGCAAACUCAGUUUGUGACGGUUCCCCAAGCUAGUUUGUCUUCAUUUCCUUCCCAAAUUCAAAACCAACCACCCCAAGGUGGACACAGCACAGGCAACAGCCAAGGAGAAAAAAAGCCUUACGAGUGCACCCUCUGCAACAAAACGUUCACCGCCAAACAGAAUUACGUGAAGCACAUGUUUGUACAUACAGGAGAGAAGCCGCACCAGUGUAGCAUCUGCUGGAGAUCUUUUUCUUUAAAGGAUUACCUAAUCAAACACAUGGUGACGCACACCGGCGUGAGAGCGUACCAGUGCAGCAUCUGCAACAAGCGCUUCACCCAAAAGAGCUCCCUCAACGUGCACAUGCGCUUGCACCGCGGAGAGAAAUCUUACGAGUGCUACAUCUGCAAAAAGAAGUUCUCUCACAAGACGCUGCUGGAGAGGCACGUGGCUCUUCACAGCGCCACCAACGGCACUGCCAGCAUCCCAGUACCCGUUCCACCUUCAAACUCAGCUCCAGGAUCAGUUCAAGCUCCUGCCACCACCCCAGGACAAGGAUUGCCUCCAGCUCCCAGCAUGCCUCCAGCACCGGUCUUGCCUCCUACUCCGGUCUUGGCAUCUGCUCCAGUUUUGGCUCCAACUCCAGCCUUAGUUCCAGCUCCAAUUUUGGUCUCUGCCUUAGCACCGGCCCCAUCACUGGCUGCACCCCCUACCGCUGCUCCAACACCUAGUCCAGUUCUAGUCCCUCGCCCUGGGCCACCCAACGGCGCAACCACAGUAUGCUCUGAGGGCACAACGUACGUUUGCUCAGUGUGCCCGGCUAAGUUUGACCAAAUCGAGCAAUUUAACGACCACAUGAGAAUGCACGUUUCAGACGGAUAAAUACCAUCCAAUUCUUACGAACAAAAAAAAACAAAACAAAAAAAACAAAAGCUAUGGCACUAGAAUUUAAGAGUUUUCUUUUUAUUUUUAGGGUUAUUUUUUUCUUUUUUUGACAUUUUGUACUACAUGAAGAACUUUAUUGCCUGCUGGUACAUUACAUUUCCGGAGAGUGGGUGAAUAUAUAUAUCUAUAUAUAUAUAUAUCAAGAUAUAUAACCUGCAUAUAUAUUUUAUCCAGUCUCCCUCAGAUGGUGGCCUUAAGGCCUGGUAGAUAUACCUGAAUUCUACUGGUUGGAAUUCUAACUACUGGCCUCUAAAUACAACCCUUCUUUAAAAAAAAUACAAAAAAAAAUACAAAAAGACACAUGAAAAAACAAAAAUUCAUGAAAAAUACAAAAACUGAACCCUUCCUUUUUCCACUUGUGUAGAGCACUACAAAAAAAAACAAAUAAUAUAACAAAAUAUUCAGAAAGGCCUACUGUCUCUUAAUAUGCCGCCUACAGUGUUUUUUUCCAUUGCUUUUUACUUUCGGAUGGAUAUUUUUCUGCAUUAACCGCUCAGACUUCAAAGUAUCUGAUGGAUAAAAACUGCGCACUUAUUUUACCCCUCCCCAUUGCGGCAUUAAAUGUCAAUUUUUUUUGUGGAGGAGGAACAGGCAGUUAAAGGAAUUGGUAGGAGAGGACCAGAAUUAAAGCAGCCUCCCGGGGGAUUAUGGUCUGGUUCCUCCUGGCUCCUGGUUCUGCCUAAAUACCCACAAUCCCCCUGUCUCAUCGCCUUUCUUACCCGUCCAUGAAUUUCAUCUGCAGCUGAAGAAAACAAGAACUGAGAGAGAGCGACAUAAAAUGUGUAAGGGCAAAACAUGUGGCUGUGCUAAAUUUUUUUUCCUUUUUGUAACUUUUUGGGAUUUUUUUUUUACUUUUUGAAUUCUCAAGCAAAGGAUCUAUAAUGAUGGAAGCAACGUGUAUUCAAUCUCCGCGUCAUUCAUCCGAGUUCCUGAUGCAGUACAGGACAAGGGCACAAAUGUGUUGUGUCUACGGAACCAAUGUCACAGACUAAUAUCUGAGGUAUAGAAAAACAAAAAAUUCUGUUCUAAUUUUUGCACCUGCAGUCAGACUGGAGGUAAAAGCCGGCGCCAUUCUAAUGGUGUGUUCUGUUGUGUCUAUGAUGAGAGAUUUCCAUGUUGAGGGGUUGGGUGGGAUCGCUACAUCUCCUUGUGUUGGGUUUAUCUUUAUAAUGUUUUUGAAGGCAGACUGUUUCUUAUUGUAUUUUGCGUAGAUUAUACAAUUGUAUUUUUUGUCUACCCUUUCCAAGCACUUACGUUUUAGGGCCCAGUCCUUUUUUGAGCCCUGAUUCCGCCUUAUAUUCUUUAAAACUGCGCAGGGACAAGGAACAGUCUGCUUUUUAGCCAUUGAAUGGUUGCAAAAAUAUUGUAUAAUAUUGUAUGGAGGAGCCACAUUUUGGAUAUUUGCGAGAUUUCUCUGUUAUACGAUUUGCCAAACCCAUCCAGAACAGUCUCUGAUGCCACACAUGUCGAUUCAUUUGAGACUGCUUAAACCUAUAGGAGCAAAUCUACAGAAAGUUUACAAACUUUACUAAAUUUACUAAAAAAUGUACACAAUUUGCUACAAAAAACAGUACAAACCACAAUAAAAAAAAUACCUAUUUUUUGUUAAAACAAAAAAUCCAAAAUUCCAAAUUAUAAUUUGUAAAAUAAAUUGACAUCAGGUUAUCCCAACGAUAGAAAAUUAGAAUUUUAUAUUUUUCUAUUUUGCAUUUCUAUUACCCCCUGCAAAUUUAUUACCAAAGAUUUGUACAAUAAAUCCUGCGAUCUUUCAUUCAAAAACAAAGAUAAAAAUUUUACAUAGUUUUAUGUAAUUUUUCUUUUGUCUUCAGAAUUUUAGACCUAUAAAAACGUAGCCCUAUAUAUUUUUCUUUUGCCAAAUUUCUAAUUACAAAAGUAAAUCUUCAUUAGGAUCAGUCAGGUGAAUAUUUUUAAUUAUUGCCCAAAAUUAUUAUUGCCAAUAUCAUGUCACAUUAAAAGAUUUUUCUACAGCAGAUCACCGUACUUCAAUUAAAAAUUGAAGAAUUACCACAAGUAGAGAUUUUUUAUUAUUCUUUUUGUUUUGUGAUUUUUUUCACAAUUUAGAUUAUUUUUCAGGGACAGAGAGCUUUUCAUUUAAAAAAAAAUCAAAAACUUGAAAUUUAAAUUUAAAAAAAUUAGAACUCACAAUUAUAUUUCACAGAAUUAUUCUAAAUUUUUCACUGCAUGCCCAGUGCUUUUUUUGUUUUUCAAGGUGGCCAUAGAACUGAACUGUUCUCCGUGGUUUUGGCAAAUUCUGCAAUUGUAAUUUCCGUAGAGGAAAUUGAUGAUAUUUUCUGUACAGAAUGUUGUCUGAUUAUGUAAAGUAACGGUGCAGGGAAUAUCUCGUAGGGCGAUGAACCUGAGUCAAGUGAACCGUGUUUUUUUUAUUUUUGUAAUUAUUAGGAAUAACAUGUUUAGUGCAAGGAACAAAGCAGGGCGUACGCUGAAUGUGGUACAAUCUAGACUGGUGUAUGGGAGGGGUGAUGGCCAGAUGACUCUUGUGUCAUGCCCCUCCCACUAGGAAAAUGAGAAAAAUAAGCAAGUGAAUGAGAAUCGGAUGUAACUCUUCUAUAUGAAUCCAUAUGCUGCUUUCUGUUGUUUUUCAUGUAGCGUCUGUUCGCUGGUAGGAAAUUAACUCAUCUGCCACAUGAUUUGUGGUGGAGUAAUGCAAUCAAUGAGCGAAGACUCUGGAGCGUUCCUUACAGCUCCACCGCUCUCCCCGAUCUCUCCAGUAUGAGAGGACCUAUAAGAAUCGGAUGGUUCCUGUCCAUAGGAGGCAGUAUCCACUGGGAGGGAAAUAUCUAUUACCCAUAUCUGCCCUCUGACACAGGAAAGGCACAAUAUCAAUACAAAGAGGCUAGACUUUACCAUCCUAUGCAAUAUCUUGGGGGUGAAAAUAUGAGCUGAUAAAUCAGAGCAACGACCUAUUAUCUCAGAGCAACGACCUAUUAUCUCAGAGCAAUGACUUAUUUUCCCAGUGCUGGCUUAUUAUGUCAGUGCACUGACUUAUUUCAGAACAGUGACUUGUGAUCUCAGAGCAGUAAUAUCACAUAGCACUGACUUAUUAUCUCAGAAUGCUCAUGUAUUAUUUCAGAGCUCUGACUUAUUAUCUCACCGCACUGACUUAUUAUCUCAGAGCAAAGACCUAGUAUCUCAGAGCAAUGACUUGUUAUCUCAGAGCACUAAUUUAUUUUCCCAGUGAUGACUUAUUAUGUCACUGCAUUAACAUUAUUUCAGAACAGUGACAUAUGAUCUCAGAGCACUGAUUUAUAAUUUAAGAGCAAUGACAUCACAUAGCACUGACUUAUUAUCUCAGAAUGCUCAUGUAUUAUUUGAGAGCUCUGACUUACUAUCUCAGAGCAAUGAUUUAUAAUCUCAGCACACUGACAUAUUAUGUCAGGGCACUGACUUAUUUUCUCAGUGCACUGACAUUAUUUCAGAGCAGUGACUUAUUAUCUCAGAACACUUGUGUAUUAUUUUAGAGCUCUGACUUAUUAUCUCAGAGCAUUAAGAUAUUAUAACAGUGCACUGACUUUUUAUCUCAGAGCAGUGACUUAUCUCAGAUCACUGAUUUAUUAUUUCAGUGCACUGACUUAUUUUUUCAGAGCCCCGAUUAAUUAUCUCAGAGCAGUGACUUAUCUCAGAAAGCUAGUGUAUUAUUUCAGAGCUCUGAAUUAUUAUCUCAUAAUUUAAAUUUAUUAUCUAAAAGCAAUGAACCAUCCCAGAGCACUGACUUACUGUAUAAGAAUUCUGACUUAUCUAACAGCAUUGAAUUUUUAAGUCGCUGUGCUAGAUUAUUAUGCCAACGGCCCUGACUUAUUAUUUCAGAGCACUGACUUAUUAUCUCACCGCACUGACUUAUUAUCUCAGAGCAAUGACUUGUUAUCUCAGAGCACUCAUUUAUUUUCCAAGUGAUGACUUAUUAUGUCACUGCAUUGACAUUAUUUCAGAACAGUGACUUAUGAUCUCAGAGCACCGAUUUAUAAUUUAAGAGCAAUGACAUCACAUAGCACUGACUUAUUAUCUCAGAAUGCUCAUGUAUUAUUUGAGAGCUCUGACUUACUAUCUCAGAGCAAUGAUUUAUAAUCUCAACACACUAACAUUAUCUCAGGGCACUGACUUAUUUUCUCAGUGCACUGACUUAUUAUUUCAGAGCACUGACUUAUUAUUUCAGAGCACUGACUUAUUAUCUCAGAGCACUGACUUAUUAUCUCAGAGCACUGACUUAUUAUCUCAGAGCACUGACUUAGGAUCUGAAGGCUCUGGCUUAUUUGCUAGCGCUAGGUUACUAUCUCAGAGCACUGGCUGAUUAUUAGAUGCUAACACAUUCAUAGCUCUGGUUUAUUAUCUCACAGGGCAGAUUCUUAGUGCACUGACAUAUCUGGUAGCUCUGAUUUAUCAUCUCAGAACAUUAACUUUGAUAAAAAAAAAAUUCUAAUGGCCCCAGCUUCCCUCUACACUCUUGUAAGUACAAUUUGGAAAGUAAAUGCAGGACCUGUUAAAGUAAAUCCAGCUCCGUCAUGGCGUGCAGGUGUCUAUAGUCCAUUGCUGCUCAGUGAAAUAACAGAUAAAGGUAAAGGCUGCAUUCUCAUGAAUAUCAUCCAGGGUCGCCAUGUGGCCGUCUGGCCAUUAGGACAUUGUAUUCGAUAUAAGCCAACCCUUACAAUAAUAUUCCCUGAGGGUUCCUCCAGGUGGAGUAGAUGCACAUGGUCUAUUACCAGGAGCUUAGUACUCAGACCCUACAGGUUACCCAUGUGAAUAUCAGGGUGUGAUUAGACAGAAUAUGGGAUUUAUAAAGCUUAAUGUUCCCUGCAGGUCAUCACUAUGGUUAUUUUAUACCUAGUGAACUUACCAUCUAGGACUAUCUAUGAACCUGCAUGUGCACCAUAAUCUCCAUAUGGCACACAGCUUGCUUCCAUCGUGCCCCCUGGAGAACCCUUACUUAUAGUAAUGGCUGAAGCUAAGUAUCUGCUAUAUAAGAACAGUUCACUACCAAAAACGAUCUGCUGCAUUCCCACUUUUGGCCAAUAGAUGUCAGUGGCCUUUUGCCCAUGGAAACAACAAGAACUGCAUCUAAGAUAAGAUGUCAGCCGUAAUAUUUUGCUACUGGUUCUACUGAGGAGGUUGCAGGCAAUUAUAUUAAUCACACGUAUUUCUACAAGUUUGAAUAAUCGUAAAGUGAAUAUUUAUUGUUUUGUACUAUUUGGCAUUUUUUAUCUAAAUAGAUUCAAAAUAAAAUGCUGAUUCGUUCCUCCUUUCCUAGCAGGAAUAAGGGAGGAACCCUGUCUACAGACCUCCAAAUCCCCAGCUAAGAUAUAAGGUUCCAUGCUAACAUUCUGGUUUCCUGCAGUCACCACUAGGUGGAGCUCAGGAGAUUACUACAUACAGAUAUAAUA